UUCGCCGAGAGCCUUUUUGAAGUUUACUUGGAAGGAAGCAAAGGGGCGGGGAGGGGAUUCAGCAAACAGCGGCAUUCCUGACAGUGAGAGAGAGAAAGGGGUCGCGAGACACUUUUAUUUCUCCUAAAAAAACACUGCCACUGUCUUUCAGUUGCUCUCACGUGCGCUUAAAGACCAGCGCAAGUCUUCACGUGCUUUGCUUCCUUCCAAGUUUCGGACACGGUGAAACAUCCGGAGUUUUGCUCUCCGCUACAGCCGGGAGAAACUCAGACUGUCUGCUGGGAGUCAUUUCCGUUGCGAACAUGUAGCUACAAAUAUGUACAGUAUGGAUUUCAGGAGGACGAAGCUGGGCAGGUUUAUGAACAAUCGGGUUCCAUCUAGCAAGAGAUACCAGCCAACUGAGUAUGAGCAUGCUGCCAACUGUGCCACACAUGGACUAUGGAUCAUUCCCAGUAUCCUGGGCAGCUCAAUGUUGUACUUCCUCUCUGAUGACCAGUGGGAGACCAUCUCUGCAUGGAUGUACGGCACAGGUCUGUCUGGCCUGUUCAUUAUGUCCACCAUGUUUCAUACGGUCUCCUGGAAGAAAAGUCAUCUUAGGAAGGUGGAGCAGCGAUUCCACAUGUGCGACAGGAUGGUUAUUUAUUUCUUUAUAGCAGCAUCAUACGCACCAUGGCUGAAUCUGAGAGAGCUGGGCCCCUGGGCUGUUCACAUGCGCUGGCUGGUGUGGAUCAUGGCCUGUGCCGGCUCUGCAUAUGUCUUCUUCUUUCAUGAAAAGAAUAAGAUCCUGGAUCUGCUGUGCUACACUGCCAUGGGUUCUGUUCCUGCGCUGGUGCUUCUGUCAAUGCCGAAUCGAGAGGGCGUACUGGAGCUGUCGGUGGGUGGACUGUUCUACUGCCUGGGUGUUGUGUUCUUCAAGAGCGACGGCCUCAUCCCGUUUGCUCACGCCAUCUGGCACGUCUUUGUGGCAGUCGGGGCAGCCAUUCACUAUUACGCCAUUUGGAGGUACCUGUAUGCAACCGGGACCGGCCAAAUCAAAAUAUCCAGGUGACAGAUGCUGAAGAUCUCAAGGAGUUCACAUACAGGGUUUGAAGAGCUAUCCGCCUUUUUCCUACGUCCCAUGUUGCGUUUCAUGAAGUAUAAGAAGUCAAUUAGUCAAUAAUUGAGAACAAUGAGUUGGCAUUAUUCAAUUCAGUUUAUUCAUCGAAUAUCAAAAGGCGACUUAUUCAAAUUAAGAAAUUACUUUCAGCAGACAACGAAUAACUCAAAAAACUCAAUGUUUUCUCAAUCCUCAGACUUCAAACUAUCAAUACAAACAAAAAGUCUUGUCGCCUAUCUAAGAUUUAGAAACAACAAAUAAUAAAUUGACUUCUAGUUGAUCAUUUGGUAUCAGAAGUGGCUUAUAUAAAAAGGCAAAUGCCUUUUACCAAAAUAAAAAUAAAUAAAUAAAUAAAAUGUGAUCAUACUUUGGUUUUUAAUGAUUUAAUUAGGACAGUAAAGUUUGACGUUGCUUAGACAAAAGUCUUGUCAUUUAACAGAAAUAAUGUCCAGUAUAGAAUAUAAAGUCAUGAUGCAGUGGAUAAAGAAUUAAUAUUGUGUAUGACUCUCAUGAACUUGGAUGUCGACGUUCAUACAUCUCUGCAAUAACUAAAAUAACUUAACAAAGUCAUCUGGAAUGGCAAACAAAGCGUUCCCACAGGACUCCCAGAGUUCAUCAAGAUUUUUUGGAUUCAUCUUCAAUGCCUCCUUCUUCAUCUUACCCCAGACAUGCUCAAUAAUGUUCAUAUCUCAUGACUGGGCUGGCCAAUCUGGAGCACCAUGACCUCCUUUGCUUUCAGGAACUGUGAUGUGGACGCUGAAGUAUGAGAAAGAGUGCAAUCCUGCUGAAGAAUUUGCCCUCUCCUGUGGUUUAUAAUAUAAUGGCCAGCACAAAUGUCUUGACACCUCAGGCUGUUUAUGUUGCCAUCCUCUCAGAUCACUCACACGCCGCCAUACUGAAAUGUAACCCCCAAACCAUGAUUUUUCCUUCACCAAACCUGACUGAUUUCUGUGAGAAUCAUGGGUCCAUGCAGGUUCUAAUAGGUCUUCUGCAGUAUUUGUGAUGAUUGGGAAGCAGCUGAUUCAUUGAAAACAAAAUCUACCUUCUGCCACUCUUCCAAAUGAUCAACUAGAAGUCAAGUUAUUAUUUGUUGCUCUUACAACUGGGAUUGACGACAAGACUUUUGGUAGUGUAUACGGAUUAUAUGCAGUGCAUAUAGCCCAUAAUUUAAAGCACAGUCAUCUCGUGUGGAAAAAGGUGGAUGAAAGAGUGUAUUUGAUAAUCACAAGCUGCCUUCACAUCCCUCUAUAUUAACCAUAGACGGGCAUGUUCUAGUACUGUUGCUCUAAAAUAUAUUUUUAUAUAUAAACAAUGUUUUAUUGGAUAACUCGCCAUCUUCAGGCCAGUCUGUAGUCUUAACCUGUUGACAUAAUGUACUGUUUUAUCUAUCAGUGUUUACAGUGUGAAAUGCAGAAGACACUAUCGAAAUAACAUUCCUAUAGCAGAGCUGUCUACUGUCCUUAAAGACUUUCGUUUUGAUAUUAUAUGACCAGAUUGAGCUCAUGAUUGAAGAUAAUUUAUUGACGCUUGAUGGCACAGAGCAGAAAUUCUGCUGAAGUAUUUCUGCUGCUGUGAUUGUGGUCACCUCUAAACAAAAUGUGACUUAAAAGGGGCCAUUCACUCAGAAUGCAUUUUAUUUUCAUAUCACUACCAAACGUUUUCAUUGCUUUUUUAUGUAAACAUGCUUGGUGUGCGUGUUUAACUGCUAUGAAAUGCCAGGAGGUUCAGUUUUAGCUAGUAAACAACACCUCAAUGACUGCACAUAAAAGAUAAACAAGUGAUUGCAGAAGGAUCAGAAAGAUAUGUUAAUUUUAACAUCAUUAUCUGUUGUUUUGCAUAAAUGAUGGAUUGUUUGUAAAGUCUACAUAAAAUAUCGUUUGUUAAAAUUCACAUAUAUUUCAAUGUCUGAAAUCUUGAUGGACAACAAUUCGGCAAAAUUGACAUCUAUGUUGUUAGGUCUAUAUUUAAGUGCUGAUUUUUUCGUCACACUUGAUGCAUUUAUUACGUUAAAAUUCACAUAUAUUUAAACCUCCUUGCAUUAAGCCUCCUUGAUUGCCAGAUUGUGCGAUCAUGCAUUAUUUGCACAUUUUCAAUGCAUUUUCUGCACGUACACAAUUACAUAUUCUAACCUCUUUGCCAGAUGGUUGAUAAGUAUGUGAAAUCAGCCGGAUCUCAAAAG